GUUCAAGUCGCGUAAACGCACGGGCUGACACUGAGCACGGUAUAAAGUGCUCGGGAAAAUCGAGACACAGCUUCUUCAGCAUUGCAAGCUACAUGGAAACACUUGGAAGGUUCGCUUGGUUGGUUCUGUACUUUUGCGGCUUCCCCGCUUGCGGUCAUGGAACCUCCUCUUCGAAAGACUUUGAAGGGAAGUUAGUCGUCCUGUCUAAGAUAGUCGAUUAUAUUAAUCAAAGACCAGGCCAGAUGAACGCCGAUGUCACGUUGUCACUGACAAUCGUCGAAGCUAACGUGGCUGCUAUCUUUCUGCAUAAAAAUGCACUUCUCGACGAGCAUCGAAAUAUCCUCGUGACGAUUUUAAAGCUGUGCGACUCGACUCGGCGAGAUCUGUUAGAUGCAGUCGUCCCCGGGAACGAAGACGUCCAAUUACGUAAGAAUGAAUUUACAUCGAGUAAAGAUAAGAUCACAGAUAGGUUCCGAAAUGGAGGAAUGAAAUUUCGUUCGAUUGUAGUGCACGAGACGAUAAAUUAUCCAACAUUGUGGCUGAAGGAGAUAUCAUGGCGUCGCGGUGCCCUGCGAGAAGGGAAGGCCAAUCUGAAAUUAACUUAUCGAGACAUACGGGAACUGAUAAUGCAAGGAGCGCCCAAGGAGGAAGAAAGCGAUCGAUGCCUCGCUGAAAUCGUUCGAAACAGAUUGAACUCGAACGACAGGAUUCCCGGCUUGUGCGCCGAGAUAUUGGCCAAUCGUAAAUCAACCAGAGGCUAUCCCCUUACUCAUCGAUUGCUGAUCGUUCUAAUUGCCAAGAUGUUGAAAUGCGAUCGAGAUCUUCCGUCGUCGGAUUUAAUACUAUCUUACUGUUCCGCGAUCCUUCAAGAUCUGAUCGAUAUCAAGACUGCCGGAUUUCCCGAUCAAACGCCAGAUUUAAUGAUGGAACAAGUGAAUGUUGUUUCCUUUGUUUCUGAAGUUGUUCUAUGCGGUAUGCAAGGCUUCCUCGAGUUCACAGACAAGUACUACGAACGAUUAGUGUUGAGUUGGCCUCACUCCAGCGGCUGUUUCAGCUCCUUCGCGUACGUACCUGUCCAUCCUGCCAUA